GCUGGGCGCAGGGCCGCGCAGUGUGUGGUGUGCGCUGUGGUGGUGCUGUACUGCGGCUCCGUGCGAGCGGUGACGGUUCUUCGUGUGCCUCCGUCUGCCGCCGCCAUGUCCCGCGAGCCCGAGAUCAUGGAGUCGCAGGUGAUGUGGGAGCCUGACAGCAAGAGGAACACGCACAUGGAUCGGUUCCGAGCCGCGGUGGCCGGCAGCUGCGGGCUGCGGCUGGCCAACUACAAUGACUUGUACCAGUGGUCGGUGGAAUCCUUUGCAGACUUCUGGGCAGAAUUCUGGAAGUACAGUAACAUCGUGUGCUCUCGUCUGUAUGAUGAGGUGGUUGAUACAUCCAAAAGCAUUGCAGAUGUCCCAGAGUGGUUUAAAGGAAGCCGCCUGAACUAUGCAGAAAAUCUCCUGAAGCACAAAGACAAUGACAAAAUCGCCCUGUAUGCAGCAAAGGAAGGCAAGGAAGAAAUCUUGAAAGUGACUUUUGAAGAACUGAGACAAGCCGUAGCUCUGUAUGCUGCAGCCAUGAGGAAGAUGGGAGUAAAAACAGGAGACAGAGUUGUGGGUUACUUACCAAACAGCAUUCAUGCAGUAGAAGCGAUGCUGGCUGCGGCGAGUAUUGGUGCUAUCUGGAGUUCAACAUCACCAGACUUUGGCAUUAAUGGUGUGCUGGACAGAUUUUCUCAAAUUCAGCCUAAGCUCAUCUUCUCUGUUGAAGCUGUUGUAUAUAAUGGCAAAGAACAUAACCACUUGGAAAAGCUGCUUAGUGUGGUAAAAGGGCUUCCAGAUUUAAAAAAAGUGGUGGUGAUUCCAUAUGUCUCAUCAAGAGAAACUAUAGAUAUCUCUAAGAUUCCAAACAGUGUCUUUCUAGAAGAUUUUCUUGCUGCUGGGAAAGGAGACCAGGCACCCCAGCUGGAGUUUGAACAGCUGCCUUUCAGUCAUCCUCUAUUUAUCAUGUAUUCAUCAGGCACAACAGGGGCACCAAAAUGCAUGGUUCAUUCAGCAGGGGGUACGCUAAUACAGCAUCUGAAGGAACACAUCCUUCAUGGCAACAUGACCAGCAAUGACAUCAUUAUGUACUACACAACGACUGGCUGGAUGAUGUGGAACUGGUUGGUGACUGCACUUGCUACAGGAGCUUCAGUGGUUCUGUAUGAUGGAUCUCCUCUAGUUCCAUCACCAAAUGUGCUCUGGGACUUGGUUGACAGACUAGGGAUCACCAUCCUUGGAACUGGUGCAAAGUGGCUUGGUGUGCUAGAAGAGAAAAACUUAAAACCAUGUGAAACACACAAUCUCCAGACGCUCCAUACUAUAUUGUCUACUGGAUCGCCUCUCAAAUCUCAAAGCUAUGAGUAUGUCUACAAACACAUAAAGAGCAGUGUCCUCCUGGGAUCCAUUUCAGGAGGGACAGACAUAAUUUCAUGUUUCAUGGGUCAGAAUGUUACAAUUCCGGUUUACAAAGGAGAAAUUCAGGCCAGAAAUCUUGGAAUGGCUGUGGAAGCAUGGAAUGAUGAAGGAAAACCCGUUUGGGGUGAAAGUGGGGAGCUGGUUUGUACUAAGCCCAUUCCCUGUCAGCCUACGCACUUCUGGAAUGAUGAAAAUGGAAGCAAAUACAGGAAGGCUUAUUUUUCAAAAUUCCCAGGUGUUUGGGCCCAUGGUGAUUAUUGCAAGAUUAAUCCCAAGACGGGAGGAAUCGUCAUGCUUGGGCGCAGUGACGGUACAUUAAAUCCAAAUGGAGUAAGAUUCGGAAGUUCUGAAAUCUAUAACAUAGUUGAAGCCUUUGAGGAGGUUUCCGAUAGCCUUUGUGUCCCUCAGUACAACAAAGAUGGGGAGGAAAGGGUGAUACUCUUCUUGAAGAUGGCUUCAAACCACGCGUUCAGCGAGGAUCUGGUGAAAAGAAUCCGAGACGCAAUCCGUGUAGCACUUUCUGCCAGGCAUGUUCCAAGCCUCAUUCUAGAAACCAAAGGCAUUCCGUACACGAUAAAUGGGAAGAAAGUGGAAGUGGCCGUGAAGCAAAUAAUUGCGGGGAAAGAAGUGGAGCAGCGGGGAGCUUUCUCUAACCCAGAGACUUUGGACCUCUACCAAAAUAUUCCUGAGCUUCAGAAUUUCUGAAGCCACGUGUUUAAGGGUUAUUUCUAUUAUUUUUUUUUUUGCAUCUGUCUUUGUUCCGUGUUUGUUUUGUAUAUACCAAUACUGUAUGUAAAGAAAAAGCUCUAUUUAAUACCAGUGGUUCUUUUAAAAGAAGAAGAAAUAUCUCGUAAAGUGCAUUAUGAAAGGCUUGGGUAAAGCUUAGCUCCCUUUUAUUGCUUCAAUAUGCCAUACGGCCUGGAGUUUUUUCCAGCCUGGAAGGAGGAACCUGCCUGUUCUGAUUUUUAUAUAUAUGACAAAUGAGUUGUUUCUGGUUAGAUUCCCAUCAAACGGGAGCACCAUUAGCAGAUGUUACAGUCGAUUAUAGAAUAUUUCUUUCAUAAAAUGUUCACGUUUUUUAAAACAAAACACAACUGGAUUUUUAGCAUUUUUCUUUUUUCCAUGUGUGCGUUUUAGAGCCACCUGCAAGGAAAAGUGCAGCAGUUGUAAUGACUCGUCUGUGAAACACAGAAGCAUCUUAUGUGUGCUGUGCAUUUAUAUGUUUUUAUGGAGCCGAAUCAUAAUGCACUAAAUCUGACUUGACUCAGAGUAAUUCCAGGCCUGAAAUAGCUGAUAGCUAUUUAACAAUAGGUCACUGAAGGUCACUGCUGCUCUGUUUUGUGAUGGAACCCUCCUGUUGUUUUAAGCUCUUCAUUCACAGACUUCAGGGGAUUCCAAAGGUGGAGGAGCAAUCGCUGCUGUGUUUUUGGUGCAGCUCUGGGUUCUGUCCAUGGAAUAGACUGCAAUUACUCUGAGUUUAACAUCGCUGUACAUGGAGGCAGCAUUUGCCUCCUUGUUUUGACGUUCCUUACUGACAGCAAUCCACUGUUAGGUCAGCUGAAGGAUUCUAGUGUGUUCAUUUAUUAAAAGUUGGUUUUCUAACAUUUUUUUUUUACUAAAUGUCACAAUGAAAGUGAGAGACUAAAAUGUUUUCUAGCUCUGUACCCUUCCAGUUCAUAAAGGGAAAAAUACCAUAGUGAGCAUAGUUAAACAGUAAAAUGGCAGCACUAAAUCAUUGUUUUCUUUUCCCACAAGGAAAAUACAAUGGCAGCAGUUGUACCGAACCUCUGGCAGUCAGCACCUCCUGCACUAUUUUGUGGGUUAAGUAUUUAAUGCAUUAAAAUAAUGGAUGUCCUUACAAUUGUGUUGAAUGCAUUCAACGGUAAUAGAGUUAAUUAAAAUAAAUUGAUUCUUUAUAUAUAUAUAAUAUAUUUGUUUACACUUUCACUCAGCUAUUGUCUUAAUUUUCUUUAGAUUGGUUGUCAUGGAACCAUUUGUAGCUUAAUUUCUGCUGCUGAUUUUAAUGUGUUUAAGCCAAGUCUUGUCCCUACAGCAAAAUGUUUGUUCUCAGGAAGUUUUAUCCUGUUUCUUUCUGGUGUGGAGCCUAAGACAAGCAAACACGGGUGCUGGUUGUAUAUGCAUGGCUGGCUCCUUUAGAAGGUCACAGGUAAACAGGAGGUGCCUGGUGGCAGGGAAGGAGCUGCAGGCUGCAAUACAUUGGGGUAUAUCUGUGAGGAAGGGGCACACUCUGCUUAGGGCAGAAUUGAAGAGAUCCUGAUGGUGAUGUUUUGCUGCAGACAGUCAAUGUGAAUUGUAGUUUCCUCCCCUCGGUGACAGAUGACAGCCAGCUCCUGUAAGCUGAAUGAUGCUGCAGAGCUCAUUGAGUGUGGCUGUUCGUUCACUAAGGGUGAAAGUGCCCCUCUGUGCCAAUCCAACGCAGCCAUGGUGGGCAGCAGCUCCACACCCACUGCGGGGCUCAGGAAUUGCCUCAUUAGCAAAUGAAUCUUCAAAUGAAUUGGCUUCCAUUUGACUUUUUGAACCGUACCAAGUUGGACAGUAUAGAUGCUGGCAUGAUAAAUACUAGCACAUAAAUACCAAGCACCCAUUAGGAAAGGAUAAGAAUGAGCAAUCUGGCUGCCAAUAACCUAUGAUUAAAAGUAUUUUGAAAUUC